UUGUACAUGUAUACUAACUAUACUAUUUUACUUGCUGGACAAAUAGAAACAAAACAAUCGUAAGCCAAUUUACUUUCCAUAAAAAAAACUAAGCAGACUGGAAAAACAAGAACUUUUACUUUGAAGUUCCGACACAACCAAAACACCGGAAAUAAGCGUGAGUGCGGAAGUAUUGAUGACCCUGUGUAAUGUGUCCAAACUAGGAAGUUAAAGCAGAUAAAAAUGUUUUUUAUAGAAGUCAAAUAAGCAGGGAAAUUUACGGAGUUAGCAGCUGCAACCCCGGGUUAAAAUAGUUUAUUUAGACUUUGCAGUACGGAGCUUUCUCUGCGUUAGAUUCUUCGGGGUCUCGGCCGAGUUGUGCUCCGACAGGUGAGCCAUGCCCCCCAGCAGCACGUAAGGAUGGAGAACCUGCGCUCUCGGCUGAAGCUGGGGAGCAAAGCAAAGGAUGUGAAGCUGAGGAAACGGAGGUCCCUUCUUUACUCCAAGGAGGAUGGGAGACUUUUAAACCACGGUCUGCUGAAGGUGGUUGUCUUCACUGUGGUGUUCAGGCUGGUUAACUGUGUCCUGGUUCAGACCAGCUUUGUCCCUGAUGAGUACUGGCAGUCCCUGGAGGUGGCCCAUCGGAUGGUCUUUAAGUACGGGUAUCUGACGUGGGAGUGGAAAGCAGGAAUCAGAGGAUUCACAUUUCCAUUGUUCUUUGCAUUCCUGUACAAAAUACUACACCUUCUAAACUACGACACAGUCCAUCUCCUGAUUUGGCUUCCUCGAGUAUUUCAAGCUCUCCUGGCUGCGUUCGCCGAUGUGAAAUUCUACCUGCUCAUCCGAACAUUGGAAACUGAGGAUGUCUCAAGAUGGACGGUAGGAAAACCUCAUCUUUGUCACGUUCCUCUCUCCAGGACACAUUCCUUUCCGAAUACAACAAACAUCUGGAACCCGUUCUUUUGCCACCUGUGCUCCUGGUUCUCCUGGUUCUGCUGCACCAGGACUCUGACGAACACCGCUGAGACCACCCUCACCUGUUUGGCUCUGUUUUACUUCCCACUAUCGGGGUCCAAAACCUGCAGCAGUAAAAAGUACUUGUCUCUGGUGGCCUUGGCUGUGCUUGUGCGCCCGACGGCCCUGGUUGUCUGGUUUCCUCUGCUGAUGUGGCAUUUCUGGCAGGAGGAGAACAAACUGAGACUCGUCACUCGCCGCUACAUUCCCAUAGGGAUUUUGGCGGUUCUUAUUUCAGCACUGAUCGACUGUCUGUUCUAUGAAAAGUGGACUUUGGUGCAGCUCAACUUCAUAAAGUUCAACAUCCUGCAUGGCGUGGCAGAUUUCUACGGCUCCCACCCCUGGCACUGGUACUUCAGCCAGGGCUUCGCCGUCGUCAUCGGUCCCCAUCUUCCUUUCUUUCUACAUGGAUGCAUCCUCGCCUUCAGGAAAUAUAGAAUCCUGCUGGCCACAGUCCUGUGGACUAUUGUUGUUUACAGUUUCCUUCCUCACAAGGAGUUCAGGUUCAUCUACCCUGUGCUGCCGUUCUGCAUGAUCUUCUGUGGAAUAUCUCUGGCUCAUCUCAAAGCGUGGCAGCGACCAGCUGCAGCCCUCCUCAUGGUGUCCAACCUGGUUCUGGCUCUGUAUACGGGUCUGAUACACCAGCGAGGCACUCUGGAUGUCAUGAGCCACCUUCAGAGGCUUUGUGAGGUCAGCAGCGACUCCGCCCGCCCGCAGUCCGAUGUCUUCUUCCUCAUGCCCUGCCACUCAACGCCUUUCUACAGCCACGUCCACUGUCCUCUGAAGAUGAGGAUCCUGGAGUGUCCUCCAGACCUCGGAGAGGACGGCUACGCUGAAGAAGCUGCACAGUUUUACAGCAAUCCUCUGCUCUGGCUCCGGACUGCCUUUCCAUACAAAUCCUCCCUGCCAACACAUCUGGUUUUGUUUGACGUUUUGGAAAAGGAGAUUUCGACAUUCCUGCAAGCGAAUAACUUCACGAGGACAGCAGAGAUAUUUCACACUCACAUUCCCGAGGGAAGAGUUGGAGGAAGCAUUUUUAUUUAUGAAAGGCACUGAAAAAAAACCUAGCAGAAACACCAAGGAAAAUGUAACAAUUUGCUACUGUAAUAAAUAUUUUAAACUCCAAUGUUUCCGUUUUAAAAUCUCAUUUCCAACCACAGUGAAUUAGUUGUUGAUUUCCAGUCUUUUGUCAGAGAAGCAUUUGAAGCUGAGGUAAAACAAGCGGGUCCAGUUAAAACGAGGUGGAAUGUUAGAAAACAGCGUCUGAACUCUGAAAGCUGAUCUGAACCAAAACACCAACUGGCUACAAACUAAACACCUCUAGGUUUGAGUUUGGCCUGGUAUAUGAUUAUAAGUUAUGUAAAAUUUUCCUUUUACAUGAUAUUUUGUUUUAUUUUUUGUGAAGUAUGAAUGUUAAUUUAGCAGGAUUCAUAAGGAAAGUGAAACCUUUAGGUUGUUAAACACAGAACAGCUCUGGGACAUUCAGCAGCUCGACAAGGAUUGUGCAAACUUACAAAAAAAAAAAAAAAAAAA